AUGAUCGUCGACAUCCUCCCCUUCCGCCUCAAGCUUGCCUCCAUGGACAAGGCGGACAUUCCCCGACCCCAGCACUUCUUCUCAUACUCGGAGACGGACAGAGAGGUGUCCCUCAUCCUCGACGAGACGCAUAUCCCUGCGUUCCCUAAGGAUACGCUGGACGUUUGCAAUGUCAUCUGGAGAGCCGUUCAAAUCGAGGCAGGAGAGUCGGGUCUCGGCGCCAUGGAUGUGGUCUCCCAGGUCUCGAGGCCAUUGGCAGACAUCAACGUUUCCAUCAUGCAAAUAUCGACAUAUGAUGCCGACUUCACGCUCUUGCCAGAAUGCGACCUCACCCGCGCACUCGACUGUCUCUCCAAAGUAUUCGACAUCAGCAACAACCCACUUCAGGACGUCGGCCUUCAACCCACAGACCUGCAGUCAUGGGAGGAGACUUUCCCGAUGAGCCCCACAGAGGUCAAUUCGCUCCAGGACGCCCUUGCACUCAACGCUUCAACACUGCGUAGACGCCAGUCAAGUCUGCUGAGCAUGCUUGAAACCAGUGGUCUCCGUCGCAAUGAAGGAGCAGCAGCGGGAGGAGCAGGACAAAGCAGCUCAGAGGACAGCGGCAUUGGAAGUGAAGCAACCAGUGGGCCCAACAGUGGAGUGGCUAGUGGCCAUGGAAGCCACGUUCUCGACACAACUUUGCAGGGUCUGGAUCCGGCUUUGAUCGAAUCAUUGUCACUGGAUGAUACAGCAAUCGAGGCAAGCCAGGCAAGGCAUCAUCCCUUCCAAGUCAACUUCCCACAUCGCCUUCACAUCACCAGCAUGGAGCAUGGACUUAUGGACCAGCUCGCCAUCCGACUUUUGGAAGUGGACAGGUUCUUCUCGUUUACGCAGACGGACACGACGCUCAGUAUUAUUAUGGAUGACGCGACGAUGAGCCUAUUCCCGGACCACACUCUCAACACCCAGGAGGGCGACUGGCGUCUGAUUGCGAUUGGUGAUGGACCUCUUGGAUUCGACGAAUGCGGAAUCGUCAGUGAGUUCUCGCGGCCACUGAGCGAGAGUGGCAUCGGUCUGUUCUACCUGAGCACGUUCAGCUCGGACUAUAUCAUGGUCAACGAUCACGACUUUGAGCAGGCUGUGGCCUGCCUUGAGGAAACUUCGCGGUCGAUCCUCCCCAAAGACGAGGAGCUGGAAUCUCCCGAGGGUGAGGGCGAGAAUGAACGCAGGACUCGCUUCCUUCGCGGGCAACGGUUGGCAAGGAAGGGAGGAUCGAUGCAUUCUAUUGACACAGGGUCGCUCUCGGGUGUCUCGUCUGAUGCUGACCCUGCAGAGCUUUCACCCGUCUCGACCAAUGCUGAUUCACCCGAAGACAACAAGGCUGAAGUGAACAGCAACUCGGAUGAGGUCCUCACCAACUAG